AUGAAGCAUGCCUUUCCGGAAGACGAACUUCGGCCCUUGACAUGCGGCCCCCUCACCCGCGAUCGAGAGAAUCCUGCUCACAUCGAAGUCAACGACGUGCUUGGGAACUAUUCUUUGACUCUCAUCGAUAGCCUCUCUACGCUUGCUAUCUUAGCUUCCUCUCCACCGCCGAACGAGGUUCGCCGCGGGAAGAACAAAGCCCUGAAAGAAUUCCAAGACGGCGUUUCGCUGCUCGUGGAAUACUAUGGAGACGGGACCGAAGGACCUAGAGGGCAAGGCAAGAAAGCGAGGGGCUUCGAUCUGGAUAGCAAGGUCCAGGUGUUUGAAACCGUCAUUCGUGGUGUGGGUGGCCUUGUGAGCGCACAUCUCUUCGCCGUUGGUGACCUUCCAAUCAGAGGAUACGAGCCGGCCGUAGAUGCGAGGUACGGCGAGGGGGCGAUACCAUGGAAUAACGGCAUGAUUUAUGACGGCCAAUUGCUUCGACUGGCUCUCGAUCUCGCUACGAGGUUGCUACCGGCCUUCUAUACACCUACCGGUCUGCCCUAUCCACGAGUUAACCUCCGACGCGGCGUUUACUUCUAUCCUAACUCGCCGCUCAAUACCGACGCCGAGCACGGCCAGUGUCGUAGUACACCACCUCCGUCUGUUGAGAUCACAGAAACGUGCAGUGCCGGCGCAGGGAGCCUUGUCCUCGAGUUCUCGACCUUGAGCCGAUUGACUGGAGACCACCGCUUUGAGAUUGCGGCUAAGAAUGCUUUCUGGGCCGUGUGGGACAGGAGAAGCAACGCAGGGCUGAUUGGUUCCGGCAUCGAUGCGGAGACAGGGCAGUGGGUUACUCCAUUCACUGGUAUUGGAGCAGGCAUCGACAGCUUCUUUGAGUAUGCUCUUAAAUCACAUAUACUACUUUCAGGUCUCCCUAAGAGUUACUCUAACGGUGACAUCGGCUCGUCGAGUCAGUUUUUGGCAACUUGGCAGGAUGCACAUACCGCAAUCAAGCGGCAUGUUUACCGCAGCUCAGUAUAUCAACACCCUCACUACAUCCAGGUGGAUCUCUACACUGGCGCUAUGAGAGCAUUCUGGGUUGACAGCCUAAGCGCCUACUAUCCUGGCCUCCUGACGCUCGCAGGCGAGCUUGACGAAGCGAUUGAGACGCAUUUGCUCUACACCGCUCUUUGGACGCGAUACUCUGCGCUGCCUGAAAGGUGGUCUACCGCGACUGGAAACAUCGAACACGGCCUCAGAUGGUGGGGCGGCAGACCAGAGUUCAUCGAGUCCACCUGGUAUCUGUAUCGGGCUACCAAGGAUCCCUGGUAUCUACAUGUGGGAGAAAUGGCACUGCGAGACAUCAAGCGGAGGUGUUGGACCAAGUGUGGUUGGGCUGGUCUGCAGGAUGUAAGAUCUGGCGAGAAGAGCGACCGCAUGGAGAGCUUCUUCCUUGGCGAAACGGCCAAGUACCUCUUUUUACUUUUUGACCCGACGCAUCCGCUGAACUCUCUAGACGCGCCUUUCGUCUUCACUACUGAAGGCCAUCCGCUCAUCAUCCCCAGCCGUCUACGGCGCCCAGCGAAACCAUCGUCGGAAGGCCGUGCCGCAGCGCCGUUUGCUGAACCAGCCGCGCGCUCUCCUGUCUGCCCACGUCCACCACCGCUGCUACCUCUCAGCAUAUCUCCAACAGCCGCCCGUGACGACGUGUUCCACGCAGCAAGCCUAGCUAGACUGCAUCUUAUGCCAUCUAUCGAGACGCUGGACUCCCCGCUGGUUGAGUUCAAUGCCGACCACCCAACCAUCUCCUUGUCAGAUCUGCAGUCCCCCUCCAACUAUACUUAUUAUCCCUGGACACUCCCACCGGAGUACGUUCCAAACAAUGCAAUGAGUGCCAAGAUGGCGACGCGCAUGACAUUCGACCUGUCGUUCCCAACUUCGCCGGACCAAAUGCACCUUAAUCUUGGCGCACUGCAGCGUGUCGGAGACGGCAUACUUGUAAACUCGAUGAGCGGCUUGAAGCUGGGCAUGGUCCGCGAGUACGACGUCAGCGCCCGACCAGGCAGCGCAUCGUUGGAAGACGCGUUUCGAAUCCAUUCAGUCUCGAAUGUAGGUCUGGGCCGCGACGAGAAGGUAUUCAUGGAAAGAGACAUGGUCGCAAAAUUCAAUCCCGUAGAUCCCUACUUCACUCGUAUCCGGGACAUGCAGACGUUGGAUCUGUUCAUCGACGUUCCGCCUCUCGAGACUGCUAAGGAGCAUCUGGCCGCAGAACCAACACCUGGAUCCAGUCGAAAUGUCACGGACCAGGUCGUGAUAUUGGCGGACGGCUUCGAGCUCAACGUCCCCAUGAAGGUACCUGACGAUCCAUCCCUCUUCAGCUCCAUCGUAGCAGAUCUCCGUAGCAUGCUAGCCGAUUCCGUUGCCGCUGUGAUCGCUCCAACCCACUCGCCGAUCGCAACAUCACCCAUCCAGCGUAUGCUCAUUCCCGGCACUCUGCCCACCGGGCCCGGUGCAGCUCCUCUCCCAGACCUCAACGACCUUAAUCCCGCCUAUAGCGAGGACGAACCUCUGCCCUGGAAAACAAUCUAUAUCGCCGACGAAGCCUGCGACGAAAAGCUUCCCAAGCACGUGCCCAGGGACCACCAGAUCCUUGUCAUCAAGCGCGGCGGCUGCAGCUUCAGCCAGAAACUCCGAAACAUUCCUUCUUUCGCGCCGUCCUCGAAGUCGCUGCAGCUCGUCAUCGUGGUUUCCUGGCCUGAGCACGAUGAUCUCUCCACACCUUCUUCUCAUCCUCUCGACUCGGCGCGGAGAAGCCAGCAGAUGAAGCGGCAUCAGGAGACUUUCUUCAUACAGCCGCUGCUGGAGGAGAAGCAGCUUACGCCUGGUGGGGUGGCGAGGCCGAACGGAAUUCCUAUGAUCAUGGUUGGAGGCGGGGAUGAGACGAUGAAGAUGCUGGAGAGAGCGAGGGGGGUGGGUGUGAGGCGGAGAUGGUUCUUCCUGAGUCAGGGGAUUAGGAUUGGGAAUUUGAUUGUUUUGUAG